UCCUAGUACGUUGACCCAAAUCAUUAACCCCACAGCCUCUAGCUCCGCCAUUUUAAAAAAGCACAGAAAAAUUCUACAAAACGAAGAAAAGGAAACACUAUUUUUGAAAAGAUUCAAGGAAACACCGACUACGAUUUACGUAGGUGAGUUUCCAACAUCCAAAAAAAAGGCUGCAGAGGCAAUUGACUUAGUUGGGACGAGGGGCAAGUCAAGGAAAAGACCCCCAGCCACAACAAAUAGAAAGCUAUCAGAAGAAGAUGGAGCAGUGGCUGAUGCAGAGGGCGUACACAUGCUUAGCAUGACACCACCUGACAUGCAAAGCCACAUCAAACAGGCCUAUGAACGAGGCUCGCAGGAAGCUCGGGCUCCGGAAGGGAGUAACACUAUUGGUGCCUCAUCAGUGGCCACAGAAACUGGUGAGGAUAGAACUACAUCAGCCAGUGGACAUCGAACUGCACCCUCUCAUCCGGAACCUGUCAUCAGUGAUGAGAUUGGGGGGUCCUCGUCCACUAUGUUUGUACCCAGCUCACAAAUAAUUCCAGCCAAUAGUGUUGUAAUGACAUGUGAGGGUGUUGAAGUCUCAUCAUCACCCCCAGGCAACGACCAAUUUCAUUUUGCGUCAAUUUCAUUGAUGGAUUUUGUCUCAGACAAAGUGAAGGAGAGAAUAUUGGCCAACAAAUUUGUUGACCUUGCUUCCAUCACGGACAAGAACCAAUCCAGUUUUGAAAUGGUGCUGAAAGUGGAUGAUGAUGAGUCGCCAUCCCGCCAUCCCUACACUGGUAUAAGAAAGAGCCUUCCAGAAAGAAACUUUCGACAGAGACAUGGACGAAUAAAUUUACCAUUUUCACAGCAGUGUACUGUAAGAAAUACCCUGAUGCAAUCGAACAGUUGCUAAAAUAUUCAUCCAUUAUCAGGGACCUUGCACUAAAGCAGGCUGAUUGGGUAUACUAUGACACCAUGUUUCGGGAGCUCCGUUGCCAUAGGGAAAUGGCAUGGGAUCUAAUUCAUAUGGAACUGUGGCAUGAGGCUAUUUCUCGCCACCAACAGUCCGCACAUACCUCUUUUCUAGCAUCUCAUCAGAGCAAACCUUACAAUACAGGAAAAGGCCCUUUGUUGGAAAUGUAUGAGGGGGCUACACUGUGGAGGCUGCUAGUACUAGCAUAAAUGUGAUACGUGUGGGGCAAAACAUGCGGCAAAGGACUGGUCUAUGUUAGGUUCCAUUUUCCACAACUCGGAGAGCUCUGUCAUGCUUUUUGCCCCAAAUUAUUUUCGUGGAUUUAGAGGCGGUGGGCGACCAACAGGUAGAUACCAGUCCGGUCAGGGGCGGUUCCAAUCUUUCAGGGGAAACGGGGCUCAUACCCACGACAUAGUGUCACCCGUUAACCCAGAUGCACUGGCUCAACUACUGCUAGGAUAUGACCCAGAUAAAACUAAGUUUUUAGUAUUCACUUUGAAGGCGACACUUCUGGUAGAUCCUGCAACAAUCUCAAAUCUGCGAUCGAAAUGCCAGCUAUUAUCGACCAAAAAUUAAAAGCAGAAUUGAAUGCUGGUAGACUUGCUAGCCCCUUCAAUGAAAAGCCUUUUACAAAUGUUCAUGCUAGUCCAUUAUCGGUUGUUCCUAAAAAAGAUCUUCGAAGGAUCUUCGAAGAAUUCAGCACGGCACUUGAGUGGGCAGCAUAUAGCAAACUUAAGGCAACAGCGGUAGUUCAUUUACUUAAUGAUUUUUUGUUUAUUGAAGAAAAUGCUGCAGCAUGUAGCUUAAUUCUUUCUGAUUUCCAAAAGAUGUGUUCUGGUAUUGGGGUCCUUUCGGCUAGGGAAAAAACCCAUUUGGUCCUGACCAAAUCAUGCCUUUCUUAGGCAUUAUUUUGGAUGCCAAAAACAUGGAGGCAAGGCUACCCGUAGACAAACUAAAACACUGUUAGGAAUAUUGUAGGGCAUACAAAACAAAAGGUCACCCUUCGAGAUCUGCAAUCAUUGAUUGGUACCUUCAGUUUGCAACAUCUGUGGUAUAAACAGGGCGGGCCUUUUUACGCAGACUUAUUGAUCUUACAAUCAACAUUAAAAAAACAUAUCACAAAAUACGUCUUUCAUCAUCUAUCAGAGCAGACCUCUCAACAUGGGAGUUAUUUUUAUAAGAAUACAAUGGGUGCAGCUCCUUUUUGAAUGAUCACUGGGUGAUAUCCCAAACAUUAAAGUUGUAUACAGAUUCCUCAUCAACCAUUGCUUUUGGGGCAGUUUUUCAGAAUUCCAAUCUGAUUAAAAUCAUCUGUUACAUGGCUCCGCCUGAACAUCUGAAUGUG